AUGAAAUGCAACAACAAAUCUCAGACGGCGGAUAGAAAUAUGUGUCUUGAUGUUUCGUCAACGUCUGGUGUUAGCGUUAAUCCUGAUGUUCAGAAAUUCUUUCAACGUCUUUCUGAUGGCAAAGAAUACAGAUAUAUAUUGUUCCGAAUAGAGGAUCAUGAAGUAGUUGUAGAAGCAGCGGUAUCACAAGAUGACUUAAAUCUCACUGGAGACGAUUAUGAGACUAAUUCAAAAGAAGCAUUUGGAUUAUUCGUGGAAGAUAUAAGGGAAAGAACAGAUGACUUCAAAGAUUGUCGAUAUGCUGUUUUUGAUUUCAAAUUUACAUGCUCAAGAGUUGGUGCUGGGACUUCAAAAAUGGAUAAAAUCGUUUUCCUGCAAAUAUGCCCUGACGGUGCGUCGAUUAAAAAGAAGAUGGUUUAUGCAUCAUCAGCGUCAGCAAUAAAGGCAUCACUUGGAACUGAAAAAAUUAUCCAAUUUCAAGUGUCUGAUGAAUCAGAAAUGUCGCAUAAAGAGCUCAUUUCAAAGCUUACUGAAAAAUAUAGCGUAAAGGUAGAUGCAAGUUGCAAGAAGGCCUAUGAUGAGCUACAUCAGAAACAUCAGCAUUCUUAUAUUAUAUUUAGAAUUUCGGAUGAUGAUACAACGAUUAUCGUAGACAAAGUUGGCGGCAAGAAUGCUCCGUAUUCAGAAUUUGUGGAGGAAAUCCGGAAAAGUGUAGGUGAUGGCAAAGAGUGCCGUUAUGCUGCUGUUGAUGUAGAAGUUCAAAUCCAACGGCAAGGCACAGAUGCUGCUUGCCCGGAUGAAGCACCAGUUCGUAGACGUAUGUUAUAUGCAUCCUCAGUUCGCGCUCUAAAAGCUACUCUGGGUUUGGAGAGUUUGAUGCAAGUUCAAGCUAGCGACCUCUCUGAUAUCGAUGAAAAAGCCAUCAAACAUGAAUUAAUGAGCCAUCAGCUAGCUAUUUCGUCUUAUGACAGUGUAUCAUCCUUCUCUAUGUGA